CUCCUCCGCCCCGGAGGUGUGAGCCGCUAAGGCAGGAGGAGAUGCGCCCCCAAGCACUGACACGUCGCUGAGGUGAAGACCAGUCAAGAGGAGUAUGGGAAGGCACAGGAAGAGGAACGUGACGGGUGAUGGCGUGCCUCACCCGCGGAAGGAGGAGAAACCGUCCGUCCCGGGCCGCAAGGAGAAGAAGAAGAAGACGUCGACCAUGGACAUCGGCAAGUUCCUAAUCAACGUGUCCAUCGGCUUGUGUGUGUUCAGCCUUGUCUGGUUCUUUUAUGCGCUGUACAUGCGUUCGUCCUUGGCCAGGAGAGUGGUCACCCUGCACCCCUCCCCGCGGGUCCUAGACACCAACAGCACAAGUGCUGGCGUGUCCCCUGAGAGGUUCUGGGGCUCCUACCGUCCUCAGGUGUACUUUGGAAUGAAAACACGAAGUCCAAGGUCUGUCGUCACAGGUCUGAUGUGGAUGCGUCAGUUUUCCGACGGGGACGUGAGUCUGCGGCACACGUGUGAGCAGAGCGACCGCCUGCCUGGCUACGGCUGGUUGAUGCACGACGGCCUCAGCUUUGGCGUGCAGGAGAUCCAUGACAGGGACUUCACCCUCACCACAGAGUUUGCCAAGCGAAUGGGCGGCAGUCACGGCGGCGACUGGACAUGGCGCGUCACAGCCAAGCAGCACAGCUCGGCCCCCUACCCUCCCGUCGUCUCGUUGAUGUUCUACGUGGCCACAGACACCCAGGGUUCCCUGCGCGCUCACGUGGAGGACAGGACACGCCUGAGCUCCGUCACCGGCACCUCCGAAGAACUGGGAAACUUCAAGAUCACGUUCCGCAGACCCACUGCCGGGGAGGCAGCCAGCGGCAAAUACGCCAGCUACAAUUACUUGCAGACGCUGAGCCCUGGUCUGGACAAGUUGACGGACAUAGUGAGGAGCAGCCUGAAUCCGCGCUUUGUUUUCAGCCCACCCUCCGGGGAGAAGAGGGUGUACAUUGCCGUGGAUACGUACAACCCCCCUCCUCAGCCGCAGCAGCAGAAGGACAGCCGCAUAGAGAGCGACUUUAUCGUGCACCAAGUUACCGUCCAGACGCCCUUCCAGAUCGAGGUCCUGUUCGAGUCCGGAAGCUUCCGCGACCGGCCGAACCAGCUGGCAGGAUUGGUGCUGACAGAGGAGCUGGCGGUACGCAAGGCGGUGUUUGACGACAAGUUUGAGAGGACUUUCAGACUCCAGGCCAAAAGGGUCACCCCAGGCCAGGUGAAGUUCGGCAAGGCUGCUCUGAGCAACAUGCUCGGGGGGAUAGGCUACUUUUUCGGCCAGUCCAUUGUGCAGUCGGCCUACAACGAGCACCCCUUGCUUUAUCCCGAAGGUGCCUUGUUCACUGCAGUGCCGUCACGUUCCUUCUUUCCCCGGGGCUUCCUGUGGGACGAAGGCUUCCACCAGCUCCUCCUUAGCAAGUGGGACCCACAGGGUACACGCGAGGCCGUAGCUCACUGGCUGGACCUGAUAAACGUCGAGGGCUGGAUCCCGCGGGAGCAGAUCCUGGGUGACGAGGCUCGCAGCAAGGUUCCCUCGGAAUUCAUGGUGCAGCGGAACGAGAAUGCCAACCCCCCGACUCUCUUCCUGGUCCUGGACAAGCUUGUGGGGCAGCUGGAGAGCCACCCGGACGCGCCGUCUUCUAGAGACACCCUGGCUUUCCUGCGCAAGCUGUACCCCAGACUCCAGACGUGGUUCGAAUGGUACAACACCACCCAGGCCGGGCCGCUGCCCAACUCGUACCGCUGGCGAGGCCGGGACACAGACACCAACCUGUUCCUCAACCCCAAGACCUUGACGUCCGGGCUGGAUGACUACCCGCGCGCCUCGCAUCCAUCCACGGAUGAGAGGCACGUGGACCUGUAUUGCUGGAUGGCACUGGCAUCCGGGACCAUGGCGAGUGUGGCGCGUCUGCUUGGCGAGCCCCGCCAGGAGUAUGAGCGCACCCACCUGACCCUCACAGACAACCGCCUCCUGAGUGAGCUGCACUGGUCCGAGCACCUCCGUGUGUUCUGCGACUACGGCAACCACACCCACACCGUUCAGCUUCAGCAGGAGAAGGUCUUCGUGCCCCCCGGACAGCCGAGGCACCAGUUCCCAGUGGCGCGGCUGGUGCGCGCAGUCCGCAAAGCCCCCAGGCUCCAGUUCGUGAAUGCGCUGGGCUACGUUAGCCUCUUCCCCUUCUUGCUUCACAUACUGACACCCGACUCUCCGACUGGACACAUCUUGCGGGAUAUCCGGGACCCCAACCGCCUGUGGACGUCCUACGGCCUGCGCUCACUUUCCCGUUCUGAUCCUCUUUACAUGAAGCGCAACACGGAACAUGAUGCCCCCUACUGGCGUGGCGCCAUAUGGAUCAACAUCAACUACUUGGCAAUAAGGGCGCUCCACCACUACAGCACCAAGGAGGGACCAUACCGGGACAUGGCCAUUGUCCUCUAUCAGGAGCUCAGGACUAACAUCAUCAAUAAUGUUUACAAACAGUAUCAGGACACUGGCUACAUCUGGGAACAGUACAAUGACAGUACUGGACGAGGGCAGGGUAGCCACCCCUUCACAGGCUGGUCUGCUCUGGUGGUGCUCAUAAUGGCCGAGGAGUACUGACUGACCUGCGGGUCCAGUGUUCUCAAAGAAUUCUACGUGCCAUUAUUAGUCUUGUCAACUGUCAUGUUAUUGACUAGUUUAACUACUAGUUUAACUACUUUAAUCUUGUCAAGUGAACUCGCAGUACACUGGAAAUCCAGAAGACUCGCUGAAAAACCAUUAGGGACGAUUUUUACAAUGAUGCAUCAAGGUAAUUUUAUAAGUCAGACUUUCUACAAACUGGACAUAUUGCAAAAGUUCCCUUUUAAAACCGGUUUAAUGUACAAAGUUUUUGUCCUCAGGUGUGAAUUGCCAUGGGUUUAAGUGUUCAAAAAAAACCAAACAAAAAAAACCCCACAGACUUAAUGUAACCAUACACAUACAGUGCUGUCAUGUUGUUCUAAAAAUUCAGGCGUGUUCUACACAAUAAAUGAGUACCUUCCUACAA